UCUUCAAUUGUUUGUGUUGAGGUUGUGGAAAUUAAUAAUAAUCAUGGAUGGAAACAAAGAUGAAGCAAUAAGAUGUGUUAGAAUUGCCGAAGAAGCAAUCGCAUCCGGAAAUAAGCAACGCGCUUUCAAAUUUAUUAAAAUGGCGCAACGUCUUAAUCAUAAUUUGUCUGUUAAUCAUCUUUUAUCUGCAUGUGAGAAGCUUGAUUCCUCGGAAAACUCCGCUUCUGUGGAUCAAAGUGAUCCUAAGGAUAGGAAUACGAAUGGUUUUGUUAAGAGUGAUGAGGGUAUGAGUGCGGAGAGGAGUUUUACUGAGGAGCAUGUGCACUUGAUUAGGCAUAUUAAUAGGAAUAAGGAUUGCUAUGGGAUUCUUGGGGUCGAAAAGAGUUGUUCCGUUGAAGAGAUUAGGAAGGCGUAUAGGAAACUGUCGUUGAAAGUUCAUCCUGAUAAGAAUAAAGCUCCGGGAUCGGAGGAGGCGUUUAAGAAAUUAUGCAAGGCGUUUAAGUGUUUGAGUGAUGGUGAUUCCAGGAAGCAGUAUGAUCAGACGGGUUUGGUUGACGGGUUUGAGCAUAAUCAGCAGUAUAAUAAUAAUAAUGUUAGGCGGCGGAGAACAAGUGCGCGUGAUUCUUAUUAUGAUGACGAGUUUGAUCCUGAUGAGAUAUUCAGGGCUUUUUUUGGCCAGACAGAUGUGUUUAGGGCUCGUCAUGUUUAUAGGAAUAGAGGAACGGAUGAUCAACAGAGGGGGGAGCAGGGAGGGGGACCUAAUUUGAUUGUUCUGCUGCAAAUACUGCCCUUCUUGUUGAUUAUUUUGCUUGCUUAUCUGCCGUUUUCAGAGCCCGAGUACUCUUUGCUUAAGAAUGUAGCUUAUCAGAUUCCCAUGUCUACUGAAAAGUAUGGCGUGGAGUAUUUUGUCAAGUCAUCAGCAUUUGAUAAGAACUUUCCUCCUGGAAGUCCUGCUCGAGAUAGCAUUGAAGACAGUGUGAUUAAGGAUUACAGAAAUAUGCUUUGGCGGUACUGUAACAUAGAAAUCCGCAGACGUCAAUGGAGUAGGAAUAUGCCCACUCCUAACUGUGAUAAGCUACGUGAUCUCGGAUUAGCAUGAAGAUGAUUGUUCAGUGCCUGAUUUCAUGAAGGGCUUUCCUGUAUGAAAUACUCUUACUACUGAUGCUUGUUUGGAGGAAGGUCACUUAGUUUUCAUUUAAUGCCACUUUGAUCAUAUGGAGAUCUUCGAUGUCCGUGUCACCGUCUAUUUAGUGACAUGUCUCACUAUCUGAUGUUUGGCUCCAUGUAUGAUUCGAAGAUGGAUGCGUUUUAGUGGAAUACAUAUGGUGUUGUCUGUGCUAAGCUAUUGAAGGAUGUAGUUCCCAAGUUAUACAAAUGAGAUUCACUUGCAGGACUCAAGGCAUAAUUGUAUCGAGAUUUUGAUUGCAAUAUAAAGGUUUAGCCUUACCCUAACCAGUUUGGUGUUUGAUGUCUUUGGAAUAUUAUGUUGUGUGUGUUUGUCUCCAUGGUUGUGUAGGUACAUGUUAGUUCAUUAUCAGGGACGGUUUCUGUGCU